AUGGAUGCGAGUCGGCCAGACUUCCCGCCGGCCGAUGUCUUGAACCUGCCACAUUACCAUGGCCUCUUGCCCAGGGAAGACAUCGCCGAGCUACUCGUCAAAGAAGGCCAAUUUCUGAUCCGUAUCUCUGAGCCCGAGGCCGAGAAGCAAGACAAGGAAAUCAUCAUCUCGUUCUUUCAAAACCAAGGUGGAGAUGAUGACCGAAAGAGCGGACGAACGGCGCGCACAGCUGCGCCAAGUGCCAACACGAGCGGUCGGCGGAACAGCGGCAAGGAGAAGAAGGGCCCGAUCAAGCACAUGAUUGUCCACUUCAUUGACCAGGAAUAUUCGGUGGAUCAGAAAAAGAAAUUCAAGACAUUUGCCGACCUGAUUGAUAACUAUGCCACGAAGGAGGCGCCAGCUGGUGAGAAUGAGCGUCCGGAAAAAUCGCACAAAUGCCGCCUGGACCAGGGCAUUCCACGUCAGAUCUGGGAAUACGAACACAAGGAUGUACACCUCGAGAAAAAGCUUGGAAAUGGUGAAUUUGGAGAGGUUUGGAAAGGCCAGGUGAUGCGCAAAGGGACGAAGCCGAAAUUGGUUGAUGUCGCCAUAAAAUUGGCGAAGGGCGAGACGACGGCACUGAAGAAGAAGCGCAAGGAAAUUAUGCUUGAAAAUCGGAUGAUGCGCGACCUGCUUCACCCCAACGUGGUGCGAGCCUAUGGGGUGGCGGUGCUGCAGAACCCGAUCUACAUCCUGCUCGAGCUGAUCAACGGCGGUGACCUGCUGAAGUUUCUCAAGUCGCCCACGAAGCCGAAAAAGAAAGAUCUGAAGAAGCUGGUUUUCCAGGCGGCUUGCGGAAUUGAGUUCAUCCAUCAGAAGGAGGUCAUCCAUCGCGAUCUCGCCGCCCGGAAUUGUCUAUAUGACGGUGAUCGGCUACGCAUCAGUGACUUUGGGCUGUCGCAAGGCGCAUUCUCGUACAAGUCUGAUGUGUGGGCAUUCGGCUGUCUGGUUGUGGAGAUCUACUCGUACGGCGAUCUGCCGUAUGCCGGAAAGUCGAACGCCGAGGUCCGGGAAGUGGCAAUGAGGGGCGGCUCGCCCAAGUUGCCCGAACAGGCCCCAACGGCGAUUUCCACCUUCUUCAACGAGUUUGUUUGGGCUGACGAGAAGAAGCGCGCCGGGAUGACGGGGAUCGUCGACCUGCUCGCCACCCUCGGCAACUUCCAGCGCCCGACUCCUGGGACUGAAGAGGACAACAAUAACAUUGGUGACGUGUCGUUGGCGGGCACCCAGAGCGUACACAAGGGCAACCCCGACAAGGCGAUCGAGGACGACGACGAUAAGACCGCCGAGCGCAAGCCGCAGCCAGCU